UAUUCGGUCGGGCAACUCAGGCGGCAGCUGUACGAGCACGCAGCCGAUUUCCUUGGAAUUGCGAUUGUUUGGGCAGAAUAGCAGCGAACAAUUUCUUAAUCUCAUUGUUGAAUCGCACGCCGCGUAGUUUGGACCUAUAGUGCAUUUUUCAAACGUUUAUUGCUGCUGCAUAAUUACUACGUUAUGUUUUCAGUUUUGGCGUUUCGAAGUGUGUUCAUAAAUAAUCCGUAAGCUAUGCUGGCGAUAUGUUUACCAAAUUUCGUCGGUCGUUGUGACUCAAGUUGAAAUGCCUUGUGAAUACGUGGAUCGUGAGGAGAAUUCAACAGUGUUAUGUCUAUAAAGUCUUUUUCUUUUAGUAGAUAGUGAUUUUAGUGUAAUAUUCAAUUAGCAAAAGACAAUGUCUAGCACAGUUCCGUCGAGUUCUGCCCUUAGGGCUUUAGCCCUAGAGUACAAGAGUCUGCAGGAGGAACCUGUGGAAGGGUUCAGAGUGAAACUUUGUGGAGAGGACAAUUUGUUUGAGUGGGAAGUGGCGAUAUUCGGCCCCCCAGACACACUGUAUCAAGGUGGCUACUUUAAGGCACAUAUGAAAUUCCCAACAGACUAUCCAUAUUCACCACCUUCAAUUAGGUUUUUAACGAAAGUGUGGCAUCCAAACGUAUAUGAGAACGGAGACCUCUGCAUAUCAAUCCUGCACCCGCCCGUGGACGACCCGCAGUCGGGUGAGCUGCCGUGCGAGCGCUGGAACCCCACCCAGUCAGUCCGCACGGUCCUCCUCUCCGUGAUCUCGCUCCUCAACGAGCCCAACACCUUCAGCCCGGCCAACGUGGACGCGAGCGUCAUGUACAGGCGCUGGCGUGACUCCAAGGGCAAGGAUAAGGAAUAUGAGAAUAUUAUAAGGAAACAAGCGCAAGUCGCGCGCAUAGACGCUGAAAGAGAAGGCAUCGUGGUGCCUCUCACUCUAGAAGACUACUGCAUCAAAACGCAAGUCAAGUCCACCACGCAAGAACCUCAGCUGGACAUGACCGAUUUCUACGACGACGACUACGACGACCUCGACACGUCGGACGAGGAGAUCGAGGCCGGCGAGGACGCCGACGACAGCGGCAACGGCGAGUCGUGAGGCCCGCUGCGGCGAGGCCGACACACCACUAGGCAAAUAUAACCUCUGAAGCCCCGCUGCAAA